AUGUGUCAACUUAUGCAUUUUCAUAUUACCGAACUGAGUGAAAUUCUUUUUGCACAUCGAACAACUGUAGGGCUUCUCACCGGUAUGUGUCAACAUAUGCAUUUUCAUAUUCCCGAACUGAGUGAAAUUCCUUUUGCAUAUCGAACAACUGUACUGCUUUUUACCGGUAUGAAUCAUCAUAUGUCUGUUCAUAUUCCCGAACUGAGUAAAAUUCCUUUUGCAUAUCGAACAACUGUAUGGCUUCGUACCGGUAUGAGUCAUCAUAUGUUUUUUCAUACUCCCAUACUGAGUGAAAUUCUCUUUGCAUAUCGAACAACUAUACGACUUCUUGAUAGUAUGCGUCCUCAUAUGUAUUUUCAUAUUCCCGAACUGAGUGAAAUCUUUUUUGCAUAUCGAACAACUGUACGGCUUCUUACCGGUGUGAAUCAUCAUAUGGUAGCGCAAACGGAUCAAACAGAAUCGUUGGAUUUAUCAAUAUCGAAAAUAAAAAAGGAAGGGAGCGAAUCCCAAGGAUUAUCAGUGGAGACAGAAAGUGAUGGACGAAUAAAACUGCUUGAACAGCUCCUUCCAAUCGAAACAAUGAUGGAAGUAAUGGAAUUAUCAAAGCAAAAAGAAAGCACAAGAAAGAAACAACGCUGUAAUGUAUGUCAGAAGGAAGUGUUCGGGAAUAUGAAAAUGCAUAUGUUGACACAUACCGGUGAGAAGCCCUACAGUUGUUCGAUGUGCAAAAAGAAUUUCACUCAGUUCGGUAAUAUGAAAAUGCAUAAGUUGACACAUACCGGUGAGAAGCCGUACAGUUGUCCGAUAUGCGGAAAAUGUUCCUCACGAAAACAGGAUUUGCAGACUCACAUGGUAGCGCAAACGGAUCAAACAGAAUCGUUGGAUUUAUCAAUAUCGAAAAUAAAAAAGGAAGGGAGCGAAUCCCAAGGAUUAUCAGUGGAGACAGAAAGUGAUGGACGAAUAAAACUGCUUGAACAGCUCCUUCCAAUCGAAACAAUGAUGGAAGUAAUGGAAUUAUCAAAGCAAAAAGAAAGCACAAGAAAGAAACAACGCUGUAAUGUAUGUCAGAAGGAAGUGUUCGGGAAUAUGAAAAUGCAUAUGUUGACACAUACCGGUGAGAAGCCCUACAGUUGUUCGAUGUGCAAAAAGAAUUUCACUCAGUUCGGUAAUAUGAAAAUGCAUAAGUUGACACAUACCGGUGAGAAGCCGUACAGUUGUCCGAUAUGCGGAAAAUGUUCCUCACGAAAACAGGAUUUGCAGACUCACAUGGUAGCGCAAACGGAUCAAACAGAAUCGUUGGAUUUAUCAAUAUCGAAAAUAAAAAAGGAAGGGAGCGAAUCCCAAGGAUUAUCAGUGGAGACAGAAAGUGAUGGACGAAUAAAACUGCUUGAACGGCUCCUUCCAAUCGAAACAAUGAUGGAAGUAAUGGAAUUAUCAAAGCAAAAAGAAAGCACAAGAAAGAAACAACGCUGUAAUGUAUGUCAGAAGGAAAUGAUAAAAGACCAUAUGAUGACUCAUACCUGUAAGAAGCCGUACAGUUGUUCGAUAUGCAAAAGGGAUUUCGCUGAGUUCGGGAAUAUGAAAAAACAUAUGAUGAUUCAUACCGGUGAGAAACCGUACAGUUGUUCGAUAUGUAAAAAAAAUUUCACUCAGUUCGGGAAUAUGAAAAGACAUAUGAUGACACAUACUAGCGAGAAGUCGUAUAGUUGUUCGAUAUGCAAAGAGAAUUUCACUCAGUAUGGGGAUAUGAAAAUGCAUAUGUUGAUUCAUACCGGUAAGAAGCCAUACAGUUGUUCGAUAUGCAAAAGGAAUUUUACUCAGUUCUGGAAUAUAAAAACUCAUAUGUUGACACAUACCGGUGAGAAGCCGUACAGUUGUUCGACUCACAUUGCGACUCAUGACAUGAAUAGACCUAUGUACCGUUGUACGGUAUGCAGUAAGGGUUUCAGAAGUAAACUCGGCUUGAAAUUGCACAUGAAGAACCAUUAA